AUGGAUUCCCUCGAGGCAGCCAUCAGCCGACAGGACUGGCCAAGCGCAGAACGACUAGCAAACUCACUCGACAUCGAGCCAGCAUUCAUCCACAAACACAUCCUCGCCCACCACCUAGCAUCGGCCGAACAAGGCCCCAUCAGCCUAGCCUCACUCGAAACCGUGCUCGGAACAGAUCCUACCUGGGUGGCUCGGCUGAUAGUCAACUACCUCAACAGACCUACCCCCUCACUGCCAUCAACAUCCAAAUCAACUUAUUCGUACCCUCAAGAACAUAAGCUGAUCAAGAUCCUAGCCGAAUCGACAGACCUUUGGCUCGAUCAACUUUCGUCUGCUCACCUCGAUUUUUCACUCAAGCAAGCCCUCGGCGAACCCGUAGAAGAGCCUGAGGACGCAACGAAGAUUGAUAGAGUCGAGCAGCUAAUCAAACAAAACCCGGAAAUUGCUGAAGCUUGUUCGGCGAAAUGGUUUUCAGUGCAGGCGUCAUCAAAAUGGGAGGUCUACAAUCAGAUUUAUCAGGCCGAACAAGCGGAUGAAGACAAUCAACACGAUAAAAAUGAAGCCGUGGAAGAUGAAGUGGAGGAGACCGCUGAUUGGGGGGACCUCGAGCUUGAUCCAAUCGAAGAUCUGGGCGAGGCUGUCGAUCAACCAGACUCAAAUCCUCCCUUUAUUUCAUUCCUUCAAUCAGAUCUAGAUGAACUGGCAUUGCUCUUUGCGUCUCAACUCCAGCUGGAUCGAUUGAAAAGACUGCUCGACACCCACCAUCUAAGCCUAGAUUCAAUUACCCUAUUUGAUUCGAUUCCAUUGCACGCACGACCGGGUGAUCUGGACUAUGGACAAGACCUCAUUGCUCUCCUGCCCCGGCCUAUCCCCAAACCCAAGUCAUCCAUAUCCUCCAAAGACGUCAUCACCUCGAUUUUUAAUCCUACCCAGCAACGAUCUCUCUCGAGUGAACUAGCUGAGCAGCAAUUAACCGACUGGUAUUUGUUACGUGUCAAGGCUAUUGAUCAUUUCACCGGCUGUAUCGACGCUGCCAUCGAAAUCAUCCAGCAUGGUGCGGCCUCAGGAGUACCUGGCCUCGAAUCGCUUGCUGAAGAUUUAAGUCUGCUAGCCAAGCUCCUCUAUGAUGCCCCGUACUCAUCAGGUGAGUAUGAUUGGACCCUGGAGGAAUGGUCGGCCAAGUCUCCCGAUGAAAUAGUCAAAGCCUACCUCGCUGGAUCAUGCCCUUCCAGUUUGAUCAAGGACAUCCAUCGAUUGGUUUUACCGUACCUCGGGGUACUCGAAAGCCGAAGAGCAAGAGCUUCGAUCCCCGGAGCUGAAUCUACGAUUCCGGACUCACUUCGGACGUGGGCCCUCAACCAGGCUAAUCAUUUGCCGAUGCUUGAAGCCCUCAUCAAAGCCAGUUCACCCACGAACAAGCUCCCUGAGCGGCCGAUCAAAAGCAACGAAGACCUCGCCCGGAUCCUCGUCGCCUGUCUGUACACAAGCUCGUCCGUUAAUGAAUGGGAAUGUAUGGGGCGGAUGUUUGAAUGCAUGCCUGCCUUUCCCGAUAACAUCCCCUCCUCUGACGAGUUCAAUUCGGCAGACUACUUGCAUGGGCUUUUCACGACUAGCAGCACAGGCUCGACAACAUGGAGCUCAGGGGGGGCCACUUCUGUCUACGAUGCGUUGCGACUGCUUGAUACGGGACGACUGUCAUCCAUUUUAGAUGGCCUGGACGAACAUCUAACGACUGCAGAGGUUCUAGCUCGUUGGAACGUGCCUCUCAGACUUGCCGAUCUCGUGCUCAGGUUCCAUGGAAAUAAAACCGCCCAGCAGAAACUGGCGACCAGGAUUGCUCGACAAGAGGGUGGGAUCGAGAUGGAGAGCGAGGAAGAGUGGGAAGUGCUGCUGGAAGCUAUGAUCGAGUUAUCCCAGCCCGGCCGCGCACUGGAUUUGUUGGACAAACAAGAAAUCCCCAAGCUUUUUUUCUCUGGCUUACUGACUUCCGGAAAGUUCAAGCUUGCCAAGUCCUUGUUUUCUUCGACCUCCGAUGGUCCUUUACUAGAGGCCUCAACUCAGGAAGAGCUUGUCAUCGCUGCAUCGCGCGAGUUUUACGACAAUGCCGAAUCAGGCAACUUACACACAAAGGAAAUGAAGAUGGCUUAUGAUUGUCUUACUGUUGUGCCUCAAACUUCAAACAUCAAAAAGGAGCGAGACUUUAUCGAAGCAACCAGUCGGUUGGCCUCAUUCAAGAUUGAAUCGCAAGCAGGGGUUCUCAUGACACCCAUCGAGUUUCGGUUGAAACCCAACAAAUUGGAUCUUAUUGCGAAAGUACUCGAAGUUAACCGUACGGCGUAUGAGCAUCAAGACAUGAUCAUCGACUUGGUCAACAAGCUGGGUUAUGGCGAAGAUUCACUUGUUCAGAUCAAAGCGUUGUCGAUGGUAGUUCGAUCUGCGAUCGGGGAGGGAAAUCUGUCGGUUGGGACUGAGACAUGUGAGCGGAUGCUUGGGAUACUUGAACGCCUGAAGAAGCGCUUGAGACAAGACGACCGCGCAGGGUUAUCAUCCAGAGUGGAGGAGGCCUCGGAAGUGGUCUGGAAGACGUGUGAGGGGAUCAGCAGAUACGGAGGCUAUGGGGCCAACCACGCGAGUCUGCACGGCUUCAAGACCAAGUUCAUGGCCCAUGCGAUCAUCAUCUGUCCACCCGAAGAGAUCCCGCGGCUGCUGGUCGGACUCGGUGCCCCGGGCGGGCUCGAUGUGGAACUCGACGGAGCUCGAGAAAUCGUUGAGCGACUCGAACAGCUGGCCAGUCGGACGCUCGAACGGGCCGCCUCGCUGUUCCCCUUCAAGAGCAAAACCUUGCCCCCUCUGGGCGGGUUCCGAUCGGUGGUGACCGACUCUAGUCCGCCUCGGAUGGCGCUGUCGACCUCGAUGGGCGCCGCUCACUCGUCCUCUGCUCGUCCGCCUGCUCGCCCGGCCAGUCCUGAUCCACACCCGCAACGCGACUUCAGCGGCGCCCUCGAAGGCCUCCUCCAGCCCGAUCAAGACCAGCAGACCGCCGGCUUUGGCGUCGCUGUUGGCACGGAUCGGUUGACGGCCGCGCUCAGUAACAAGUUCACGUCUGGCGUCGGAUGGCUGAUCGGCGCGAAUGAGGACGAAUUCCAGGUCACCGAAGAAAUAGAACACCCCCAGACCAGCAGGAUCAUCACCACCACCAACCAACUCGACCCCCCAGAGGGCCCCAACUCCGCGCCCGCCUCGGCCUCCAAACGCUGGGGCGCUGUCAAGGCCAAGCUGGUCCGUGGCUCGUCUGUCGGAUUGAGCCCCGUCGUUCGCGACAGCUCCGGCCGCGCUGCCACCGCUAUCAACCAACUCAUCCGAAUCAAAUCCAAAGACAAGAAAACCCUCAGUGGGCCCGCACUUACUGCCCAACUCUCCAGUGGAUCACUAGCAAUAAUUAUGCUCAAAAUGGCCAUGGACAGAGAUGAACAUGGCCAGCAUCGAAUCCCGAUCCUCAUGAACUAUCUCAAACUAAAAAUCAGUGACAGCAUCCAUCCAUUCCAUGCAACUCACGCCGUCUUCAAGAUUGAGCUGGAAUAUGGAGAUGGCUUACUCAACUGGGUCAUUUAUCGUGAACUACGCGACUUUGUCAAUCUUCACGCCGCGUAUAAAGCAUCCAACAUCGUCUCUCGGAAUUCCAACGAUGUCACCUUACCCAACUUCCCUAGGACUUCUUUGCCGUACUACAACUUACUUAAGCGCGAAGGCAAGGCUGAAGGCAAGGCAGAGUUCGCUCGACUCCAACGAGCCGGCCUGCAGGAGUAUCUCAUCAAGCUCACCAAGGCUACCAUGUUCGUUCCGGAAGCAAAUCGACUCUGCAAAUUUCUCGAGAUCUCCGCGCUUUCUCUAGCCUUGGCCAAUCGAGGCGGGUUCCAAGGCAAACAGGGAUACCUCAGAAUCAUGUCCAACGGCGCAUUUUCCAGGCGCCAGCGAGCCGGUUUCCAUCCAUUCAAAUUCAAAGGUCGCCGCGAACCCAAGUGGUUUAUCGUUCGGGAAUCUUACCUGAUCUCAGUCGAUGAGCCAGAUCAGACCGAAAUCUAUGACAUCUUCUUGGUAGAUGACGAGUUUCAACUGAAGCGGCCCACCCGUCUCCUCAAGCAAGGUAUCCAUCUCCUCGAUUGGCAUGAUGCAUCAAAGGAGCAACACGCACCAGCACUCAACUUUGAAAAUGAAGUAGAUCCCAAUCAGUCUGCCCAAGGCAAUCCCUCAGGCAGUGGCGAUCCUGACGAGGGCGUGACUGCUGAACUAGCCGCCGACUCUCGUCAAGUCCAACACGCAUCAUCACACGUCUUUUACAUCACCAACUCGGAGCGCGAGGUCAAGCUGAUUGCCAAGAAUGAGAGACAGAUGGAUCAAUUUAUCGCCUCGAUCGAACGUAUGGUGGCUAGGUCCAUUUGGCACGGAAAGAACCGAUUCGAUAGUUAUGCGCCUAUCAGGAUGAACGUCUCUGCGCAGUGGCUGAUCGAUGGUAGAGACUAUUUUUGGAAUCUCAGCAAAGCGAUCCUACUGGCAAAGGAGCGGAUCUACAUCCAUGACUGGUGGCUAUCGCCAGAACUCUACUUGAGAAGACCGCCGGCACAAAACCAAAAAUGGCGACUGGAUAAACUGCUCGAGCGCAAGGCGAACGAAGGAGUUCAGAUCUUUGUGAUCGUUUACAAAGAAGUAUCUAAUGGCUUCACGCCCGUCGAAUCAGGCUACACCAAAUCCCGACUUUUAUCAUUAUCACCUAAUAUUCACAUGCAACGAUCUCCUUCGCACACGGGGACUGGAAACCUUCUGUGGUCUCACCACGAAAAGCUGUGUGUGAUUGAUGAAACGAUCGCGUUCAUGGGCGGACUCGAUCUGUGUUUUGGGCGCUGGGAUACGCCUGGACAUGCCCUCAUUGACGACGCUACAGGUGGCUUGGACUUUAUCGAAUCUGUCCAUCCUCAAUCCGCUGAAGCUGCGGAUGGCCAGAUCUGGCCUGGUAAAGAUUACAGCAACCAGCGCGUUUCUGAUUUCUUUAAUCUAAGUAAACCUGAAGAAGAUAUGUAUGACCGUGACCGAGUACCCCGACAACCCUGGCAUGAUAUCGGACUACAGCUGGUUGGCCAGCCUGCGCGUGACUUGUGCCGGCAUUUUGUUCAGCGAUGGAAUUAUCUUUUGCGUACCAAGAACCAUACUCGUCUGAUGCCUUUCCUCAUCCCGCCAUCGGACUUUACACCGAUGGAGCUUUCAGAGCGUCGAAUCAUCGGGACUUGCGAAGCUCAGAUCUGUAGAUCGUGUGGGCCAUGGUCAAUUGGGACCCCUAACAAAGUCGAACAUUCGAUCCAAAGCGCUUAUGUCAAGGCGAUCCAAUGCAGUGAACAUUUUGUUUACAUCGAAAAUCAGUUCUUUAUCACAUCCUGCAUUGUCGAGGGAACGGUCAUCACUAACAAGAUCGGGGACGCCCUAGUUAACCGAAUCAUACAAGCCCAUGAGGAAGGAACUCCUUGGAAGGCAGUCAUCAUCAUCCCAACCAUGCCUGGCUAUCCUUCUCCGUUGAAUGAAGAUGCCGCAGGCUCUGUCCGUCUGAUUGUUGAUUGUCAAAACAAGUCGAUCUGUCGAGGAGAAACGUCUAUCUUUGGUCGUCUACGUGCUGAAGGAAUCAACCCCAACGAUUACAUCAAUUUCUUUAGUCUUCGUGGAUGGGGAAAGCUGAAGAACGGCCAAUUGACUACCGAGGGAGUCUACAUCCAUGCCAAGGCGAUGAUCGUCGAUGACCGGUGUGUGAUCAUAGGAUCGGCUAAUAUCAACGAGCGAUCGCAAAGAGGCGAUCGGGAUUCGGAGUUGGCAUGCGUGAUCAGAGACACCGACAUGAUCGAUAGUAAGAUGGCCGGGAAGCCUUACAAAGUCGGGAGAUUUGCGCACACCAUGCGCGUCCGUCUGAUGCGGGAACACCUUGGGAUCGAUGUUGAUGCGAUGGAUGCUGAAGACGCAAAUAUGGACUUGAUUGAUCAUCAGGUCAAAGCCCAAGAGGAGCAUGCCCAACACCAGGCCGAGGCUCUGAUGACACCUAAGGUUGACCACAAAUCUUCGUCGACCUCCUUGGCUUCUCAAGCUUGGGAUCCGGAUCGAGAAGAACGAGAGCGAGCUACCUCGCGUGAGGGAAUCACCCAGCUCAUCCCACCUGGCGCCAGAUUUGUGAACGGAAUCAAGUCGAUGGGGCAAAGUGUCAAAGACAAGUUGGACCCUCACUCCAACGAUAUUAACAAGGGUGGCGAUCCAGGAUUGAACAUCUCAGUUCAUGAUCGGCUUUUAAAGCAAACGCGCGAAAAUCCACAGGUGGCCAAGGGUAAGGACCAGUCCAAGCGUGGCGAGGCUGAACCGACUUCGCGACUAGUGGCCACAUUAGAAGAAAUCGACCGCCCGGUGAAUGCUUCUAGCGGUGAGCCCCUAGCUGCAUCUAGUGGGAAAACCUCGACGGGUCGGCCCCCAGUCAUCGUGCAGCCUGACUACUUGCGCGAGAAAGAGACCCCUCCCAACGGUAACGGCAAGGCUCGCUCUCGAUCGCCAACCGAGGAGUCCAACGCCAAUCUUCGCUCCGCGACACCCACCCAAUCCCAACCCAAAGCGACGGGUCUACCACAACAUGAAUUCUUGAAUGCAGAGCCCAACAUCCGACGGAAUCGAACGCUGAAUCCGAAGAAGUCCCAGUUCGUGGUCUCGACGCCGUCGAUCGAGGUGGAUCCGAAUGGGUUCGAAGAUCCGAUUGACGACCGAUUCUACGAUUCGGUGUGGACGGCGAUUGCGAGUCGAAACACGCAGAUCUUCCGGACGGUGUUCAAGUGUGUGCCGGAUGACAAGGUGACGACCUGGCAGGGAUACAAGGAGUUCGCGGCGUGGGAGAGUCGGCACGGGAAGCCGUUGAGGGAGCCCGCCCGCCCCGCCAGCUGGAACAGUUGUGGCGGAAACGGCGAGGAGGAUAACUUGAACGUGGCCAAUAAUGGUGCCGCGGCGGGAGGGGAAGGGACGGCCAAUAAGGGCGGCGAGCCCUCGCAGCCCGCGACGCUGUUGAAUGGCUCGCAAGGUCAGUCCAAUCAGCCGACAGGCAAGGAGGCCAAACAGUCUUCUUCGCGCGCGCGCGGGAUGAGUGUGGCCAGUGGGGGGACGCUGGGCGGCGGGGUGCGGGUAGUAGGCGAGGGCCAUGGCCGAGCAGCGACGACGACGGCGGGCGAGAGCGAGCACCUCAACAGCAGCGUCCACACGGCCCAUUCCAAGGAGCCCUCCUCCGGGGCUGCAGGGCUGGCCUCCUCCGGCGGGACGAUCUCGAAGGCCGGCUCGUCUACCACUCGCAAGAAAUCGCUCGGAAGCACCAGCAAAUCCGCCGAAAGUAAGAAGGCUUUCGACGAGCGCGCUGGCUUCACUGCCGCUGAACGCGACCAGAUGGAGGAGAUGUUGACCGAGGUCCAGGGCCAUUUGGUUUUGUUUCCGACCCGGUUUAUGGAAAACGAGGACCUGAACAAUAACUUCUUGUUUCAAAAAGACCGGAUCCCUCCGUUGGCCAUCUACAACUAG